AUGCUAAAGAAUGGGCCCAGCAUGCUGUUGUGGGUUUUGAAGUUGGUGAAGGGGGAGCCCGUCACCUCAGCCAUGCCCAGAUUUGGUAUCUUUCUCCUCCUCCUCCUCUCCAUCUUCCCUGGGGCUUCCUCCCAUUGUCAAACAUACACGGCCAAUGAAUGCAAGAAGCACACGGCCUUUGUGCCUGGUCACAGCCUCGUUGGUGAGGGCAUUGAUGUGACCAUGAUGGAAAGGAAGGGAGCCUACCUGGUGGACAGCAGCACCUGGCAACACCCAGAUGGCUCUUGCACCCUGUGCAAGAACCAGCUGCAGGGCGGGCAGUUGCAGAGGCUGCCACUGGUGUGCAGCAAGAAACUCAGCAGCUCGGUGAAGGAGUCGGGGAUGAGCAUGCUGCAGUUGGCGGCAUCCGCGGUGCAGAACGACUGGAAGGUGGGGCUGGACGUGCCUGUGAAGCCCAAAGUGAACGUCCAGGUGGAGCUGGCCGGAUCACACUCCAAACUGGCCGAUUUCGUGGUGGAGCAUUCGCGGAUGGACAAGUACAGCUUCCUGAGCCACGAGGUCUCCUGCAGCUACUACCGGUUAUGGGUAAAUGGGACCCCUCACCUCACCUCUCAUUUCGCUGAGGCGCUGAAGAACCUCCCGGAGCAGUACGACAGCAAAUCCAAGGUGGAGUACCAGCAACUCAUCAGCAACUACGGCACCCACUACGUGUCCCAGGUGCAGCUGGGGGGCCGGGCGCGGGACGUGACAGCCGUGCGGGUCUGCGAAGCGGCACUGAGUGGCCUGACGACUGAGGAAAUCAAGGACUGUUUGAGCGUAGAGGCAGCUGUGAGUAUUGGACCCGGCUCAGUCCAUGGUGGGUACAGCAAGUGCGAAGAGGAGAAGAAGAAGGGGACGGUUCGGGGGAGCUUCCAUGAGAUGUAUCAGGAGCGUCACGUGGAGGUGGAGGGAGGACACAGCACAACCGAUGUCCUCUUCUCUGGGAAAGGCACCAAGGACUUCUCAGCUUGGAUAGAGAGUCUCAAAUCCAGCCCCGGCCUGGUGUCCUAUUCCCUGAAACCCAUCCACAGCCUGGUGGAGCAGGAUGACUCCAAGCAGGAGGCGCUGAAGCGAGCGGUGAGUGAGUACAUCCUUGAGAGGGCCCUGUGGAGGAAUUGCACCAAGAGCUGUCCCCCAGGGACCCAGCGCAGCGCCCACGACCCCUGCUCCUGUGUCUGCCCUGGGAGUGCUGAGACCAACGGCAUGUGCUGUUCGCGGGAACGUGGCCUGGGGAAGCUGACGGUGACUGUGAAGAAGGCCAGCGGCCUCUGGGGGGACCAGUUUAGUGAUACUGAUGCCUAUGUCAAGGUCUUCUUUGAGAGCAGGGAAAUGCGCACCCGCACCGUCAGGGAGAACAACAGCCCCUACUGGAACGUCCACUUGGACUUUGGCACCGUCCGCCUCACCAGCAACAGCAAGAUCCGCGUGCAGGUCUGGGACGAGGACAAGGGGAAUGACGACCUGCUGGGAAGCUGCGACAUCCCGCUGGAGUCCGGGGGGCCCCACCAGAAGGAUUGCUACAUGAACCACGGCCGCGUCUGGUUCCAGUACAGCCUGCUCUGUGGGCCUCACCUCGGGGGUCGGAGCUGCUCCGACUAUGUCUCCCAGCCCCCGCGGCAGAGCACAGCCCAGGGGAAGGAGGCAAAGGCCUUCUGCUUCCCUUUAAUAUCAGAGGCACCCCGUGCCAGAGAGAUGUUCACAAUUUCAACAAUCAGCUUCUGGAACCCACAGACAGCAUGUCCGGGCAUAGCCUGCCCCCGGUACGGAGCUGCGGUAGCUCUGCAAGAGAUUUCACGGCUGCGAGUGAGAAGAGAAGGGAGGGUUUUCCAGCAAGGCUGUGGCUUCCAUCCUGGCCCUUACACCGCCUGCCUGUGUGCAGCAAUGCCCCCGCCCCGCCCUCUGAUGGCCCAGUGGUGUGGGAAUGUUGCCCUGAACUGGAGAGUGAACACAGCAGCGCUACCAAGGAACCUGCAGCAGCAAAUAGCCCGGCGGCUGCGUGACACCUUCAGCGAGAUCUGCGAGGCUGAUUACUGCGAAGCGAGAGAUGCCUUCAACAUCCUGCCCCCCGUCUGA